GCAGAGCGUGGAUAUCGGGGGCGGCAUUUAAAAAUGGCGACGCACUUGUCAGUAUUGUUUUAUAUUAUUAAUCCGGCGGGAAUCGAGAGUAUUAUCGUGGAUACGCGACCGUUGAUAUAAGUAUUUAUUGCUCUCGCCGUCGUGUUACCGUUGCUACCAAAGAGAAACGACGAUGAUUUCCCCAGUUGUCGUUUGCAUCACACUGACUGUCACAAGUAUGGCUGUUGUUAUGAACUGGAGUCACGUUCAAUAUUGUUAUCUUUACGUUGUGCUGACUUGCUCCUGUUUGCUCGUCGGCCCGUUAAUCAUGAUACUGAUCAACAUAGCUCUCUCGCCGAGACACCAGACCGGCUCUGGUACCGUUAGAACUAUUGCUGAGAUAGAUGCGUUCCACAACAUGUUACUGAAAGGAUACGAGCCGAAAUCAGCCACCGCUAGGAAACACACGCGUUAUCCUGUGGUUUUCACUCGUCUGGUGGACGGUGCUCUGCAGAACUUGCUGGAUUUAGUUUUUCAGGACUUUGUUGGUUCUUGGUUGAACGACUUGGCUUUUGGCUCGGAACAGCUGAUAGAUAAUAUGAAGCAGGAUGUGUGGGGCGCGAUACAGAGCCUCCAUGACCGCUUAUCGCGUGUUGAUCACACGAAAUUAGUUGUUUGUAAUAUAGUGAACAAGCUUACCUUUCACUUUGAGAAGAUCAGGAUAGCCCAAGCAGCUUCAUCGGAAGGGGAGGAUCCUGUAUUUAUUUUAUCGGCGCAUCUGAUGUCACCUGUUGCAGAGUUGGAGUAUUUAAGAAAAAUUAGCGAACUUUAUAUUCUAUUUUUAUUACCACGCAGUUACUCCCUAUCCCCCGUAAAAUUCCUCCUGAGGGAGGUUCUCACGUGCAAAAUCCUAAAGCCAGCGAUAGAUUUGAUCACGGAUCCCGACUACAUCAAUCAGAAGAUUCUGGCGUAUAUCGAUCAGCAGCAGCUCGCCGAGGCGAUGCAUAGGAAAACGUACGAAUAUGCGGAGUCCUUCGAGGACUUCAUUCGUAUGAUCAAGGCCUCCAAGGACCUGGAGGUUCUAAAACAUAUCAGAUACAAUAUCGUUACCGAGAUCAUGCAGGCCACCACGAUACAGAACGUCAAGCGUGCUCAAGGUUUGGAUCCUGAGAAUAACGCGUUCGGCAAGUCCGACGCCGUGCAAGCGAGAAAACUGAAGAGGUACAUCAGCCAACUGACCUAUGCUAAAAACACGUGCGAAUGUCACAUGCAGACAUUGGGAUGGGACGGAUAUCCUCGUCAGGACACGGAGAUCUGCGACGCCACGGAGGUGUCCGAGAGCAGAAUACUUCCUCUGCAGGCGAUUCUGGAUAACGUGACCGGCCGCCGGUAUCUGUCUCAGUUCUUGGAACAGGUCGCUAGUCAAGGGCUGAUCGGCUAUUGGGCGGCGGUGCAGGAAUUGCGCGCCGCCGACAGAUCCAACUGGCAUCAAUUGGGGGCCGAGAUCUUUUACACUUACAUCAGGUCACCCACUGCUGAAAUCAAGGUGGAUAAGAACGUUCGCAAGCGGAUGGAGGCUUUCCUCCUGGGCGACAAGGGGCCCGCUGUAUUUUACGAGGUUCAAGACGACGUUGUGAAGACGCUCCAAGACAAAUAUUACCCGUCGUUUCUCGUCAGCGAGCAGUACAAAAGCAUGCAGGAGGCGUUACUCAAUGAGAGAGCAGAAGGUUUGGUCGAGGAUCGCGGGAUGGCGGACGGUACCCUGUCGGAAUCUUCAUCCUUGCUCGUUGGUGAGCGCUCGAAUUACGCUCGUAGUAAACUGGAUCAGCUGCAGGAAAAAUUGAACAACAAGAUGCAAGCCUUACAGGCGCUCAGGUCCUCUCUCAAGCCCGAGAGCAAGGUGCUGAGCAUUCUGGCGAAGGAGGUCGAGUGGCUGCAAGGCGAGAAACGGCAACUGGAGGCGCAUCUGACCCACACGGAGAUGUGGGCCGAGCACUUGGGUCAUUGGAGAGCCGACGUGCAAAGCGCAGAGAUGCCCGAUAACGGGGACCCUCCGCAAUUUGUACUGGUUGUCCAUAUGGCGGAGGAAGACAACGACGAGAGCAUAUCCAGCGGAUGGGUGGUGUUGAGGAAAUUACAAGACUUUCAGGAUCUUCAUAGAAAAUUGCGCCAGCUGUGCUCUAACGUGAAGAACUUGGACCUACCCUCGCAGCCCCUCAAGUUCUUCGGGAAAUCCGACAAAAGCACCCUCGACAAAGCUAGGAUGCAGAUACAAAAAUAUUUAAAUUUUGUCCUGGAAGACGAGAGGCUCAAUCAGAGCGAGGCAUUGUACGCCUUCCUCAGCCCAAGCUCGGAGCAUUUGAAAGCCGUAGCGCCGUCCCCCAAGAAAUCUCGCUUCUCUCUGUCGACGUUAUUCAAAACGUCUGUUGGCAACAACGAGCCGCGCGACAAAGAGGACGAAGAGGAUUAUUCGUUGUUGCUGGACGAUAGCGAAAGCGGCCGUACCGCCACGGACAACUAUCUAAACGCAAGCAAAGAUGCGAUUGCGGAGCCUUUGUAUACGCUUCUAGGAGAAGUUUUCGACUUGAGAGGGGUGUUCCGUUGGCUCCGGCGAUCUCUGAUUACCUUUGUACAGAUCACCUACGGACGGACCAUAAACAGGCAAAUCAGAGAUACCGUCGCAUGGGUGUUCUCCGAGCCGAUGCUCCACUAUUACAUACAACUGUUCACCAAGUCGUGGUGGCCGAACGGUCAGCUCGUAUCCGAAGCCGUUCUUCGCACCGACGAGGAGAAGCUGAAGACACGGGGCGAGGCGCGCCGGCAAUUUAUCAACAAUGUACCUGAAGUACUGACGAACUUGGUGGGGGCGCAGAGCGCGCAGCGCGGCGCAACCAAGGUUUUCGAUUCCCUGCAGAACGUCAACCUGAACAAACAGUUAUUUUACGACAUAUUUGAGGUAUUGAUGUACGAAGUAUUCCCGGAACUGCAGCGCAAAUAAUGUCACUUUUAACGAAUAAAUCAAUGUGAUCAUACGACGAGUAUGCAAUCCCGUUCACUUCCUUCCCGGAGGAUUUCAUUGCGUUAUCACUCCAGACGCAUAUCCGAGAGAGCAAGAGUUCCAAACGGUCAUCAUACGCGGCCCACACCGAGAGAGAGAUACGUGUGUGUGUGUAUAUGCGUGUGCACUUGUUAAUGCGGGAAACGUACGAUAAACUACAACGCUUUAUCAUUCAACAUUUUUAGAUAUAUAUACGAGAGAUGUCGUAUAUAUAUAUAUAUAUAUAUAUAUAUAAGGAAAAAAAAAAAUAUAUAUAUAUAUCUUUCCUUUCUUCAUACGCAAUCUCUCGAAACGUCUCUUUGUGGGACAUAACAAAUGUAUAUUUAUAUCGUAUCACACAUCUCUCGUAAAACUAAUUCGAAGUCCGCUCUAUUGCGUACACAAUGAUGUGAUGUUCGGAGGCAUGCCUGGUAAGCGCCGUUUUUUAUAGUUACCGCAAAAUUAAUACAAGCUCUACUUAAUCACUGUACUUGGGACGGAAUGCAUCUCGAACACGCGAGAUCGACGUCAGGGUAGAAAUGUUACAACUCCAUUGUGUGUUUAUUAUUUCGUCAAUUUUAAUUCGUCAUAUAAGGAUAUAAAGUAUAAACAAUUGAGCUGGCGCGCAUAACUUGCAGUUUCAACAGCAUUAUGAUAUAUCUCGUUUAUGUUUCUAUAAUACAUUUUAAUACUUUCUAAUAGCCUCUCGCGUAGUGGGAAUAUAUAUAUAUAUAUAUAUAUAUAUAUAUAUCUUAUGUAAGUAACACGAUGUGUACCUAUGUUAUCUGUCGCUUUGCGGAGAAAUACGUGUCCGGUUUCGGUGGAGGGAAACAAAUGGCUGCGAGGGCGAGAGUUUGCUAAAAGGUUAAGAGAAAAAUAUUUGGCCGGAUAAUUGCAUAUCGUUUAUAAAUAAUGUUAUACAACUGAUAUGAAAGACCGAUGAGAGCGUAAAACGAUUUGGAAGUAAUGGACGUGUGUAAGAUCUCGAUAAGGGCGACCGCAUCUCCUCACAAGCACGAUAUCACGCUAAAAGAAGCUGUAUCGCUUCGAAUAUCGAUUUUACGGUAACUAUAAAGAGUACGAUGAAAGUAUAAAUUAUGUGUGUGUGAGAGAGAGCUCGUAGACGUUAUUACGGAUUCGAGGAACACGCUCGAUAUACAAAUGAGGGCGCCGGAUAAACGGAGCGUGGAACAAGCGACAGAGAUACGCAUCUCCUUUAAGGUAUAAACAUAUCAAUGCAGACUUACAGAUUUCCCUUCUCUCGUUUCACGACAUUAAAAAUAGCGAUCGUUACUGUACGUCGUGAGGGAUUCGAACGUAUUCAUGAGUACAUGUGUGUGUCGAGGACCUUGUGAAUCGAUUCGUAGAUUACUAUCUACGGAAAUAUAAACGAUCUAUUACUUGUACUGUGCAAUAUAAAUACUGCUAAGUUCUUAGUAACGUUGACUAGAUAGUUAUAAGCGAUAUUUCGAGGAAUAGAAAGAGUAUUCGAGUUAUAAUAGGAACGGACGAAGUGUAUAGUAUACAGAAAACAUUGAUCUCUAUGUCCGGAGUCGAUCGAGCGCCACUACACUCAAUAGUAGUGGCCCCCUCCAACCUUCCUUUCUUUCUCUCUCUCUCCUUUUUGCUAUGUGUAAUAUGUUUUAUAGCGUACUUUAACGAUACUUAAACAUCCAAUCUAAAAUGAAUCAUGAGAAUACAAGGAACUGUAAACAGGUGUACAAACAAUACUUAACGAAUAAUGAAAUAUUCUUUGUCUUUA